AUGACAACCCCACAACCAGGCAGCAGAACCACUCGUCAAAGAGCUGAACGAGCAUUCCAGGUCUACAGAGUUUGGUUCUUUGCCACAUUUUUUGCUUGGCUGACAUUCUUGGUGUUGUUCCGACAGCGACAAGAUAUACCCUCUGAUUUCUUGCUCGAGACCGCUGCACAUUCUGUCGAGAAUUCAGCCAUUGCAAAUGUAUCUGCCAGAUCCCUCCAUGUCCCAACCAAAAAUCGCACUUCGUCCAUCAAGAUUGCGACAAAUCAGGUUCACUUUUUGAACAGUUCCCGCCUCCAUCGUCUUGAUGGAUUUUCUGCCUCGUGGUUGCAAUCUCGCGCUGAUUUCAUGACCAUGCCAUUUGAUCGGGUCCACAGUUGCGAAAUGGCUUCCUUUCGAGCCUAUGAUGGCAGUCGUCUUCCCAAAAUGCGCAUGACCUACGAUUGGAUGGACUGGUCGGUCGAGCACUUGUCCCGAUGGUGGAAAAUUUUGGAAUGGGACCUGCACCAGAAUGAUACUAUUGCCUAUGAUUCGAUUUCCAGCAAGCUUCGCAACUACAUUUCUUCCGCUGCUGUAACGGCACACAACAAUGACAACAAUUUGCAAGGAGAAAGAGUUCUCCAAAACACGCUGGCCGUGAUUGCCUUUCAGUCCUACAAGCAUGCGACCAACCCACAACUGGGACACAACCUGACAGCACUAUCUCUUGCAGCCACGAUGGAGUCACUCCGAAGGGCUGGAAUGGGCCGGGUUGUGGUGGGGAUUCUCGUAGAUGCUGAUAUUGCGCCCGUCCAAGAUGCCUUCCGAUUCCUGAAACAGCAAGUCGACCCUCCGAACCAAGAGGAUAACUCGAAUGAGAGUAAUCUGAUCAGCACCAUUGGUCACAUGGAGGUGGCCUAUGCUUUCAGCUCUGCUGAGUUCAUCAAGACAAAGCUAUUGAACAAGAACAUGCCCAGAUCGACCUUGAUGACUUUGCAGCAAGCCUUGAAUCAUACUUUGCAAGUACCCAAGAAAGAAUGGACCAUGGAAAUGCACCAAAACGUCACUGCCUGGCUAGGAAUUACUCACGAUCCAUCCUUUUGGCAAUAUGUGUACCUCACAGAGCCUGAUACCAUCCUAACAACUCGACCGGGAUCCUUGCCUGCCAUAAAGGAAGAAGUGGACAAGGGUGGGGUCAUACUCCCACAUCGUUGGCAACCCAUUCCUCACGAAUCAGAUGUCAAGGGGAUGGAUCCACAACGAGGCACUUUUUUGUUGCAAGAUGAAUUUCCAAAUGUCCUGACGGUGCACGAGCAAGACGCCUGCUGCGACGAAAAUGCCGGACCCAACUUCAAACCGGGCUUGCCACCCCACUAUCCCCUUUGCCGAGAACGACGGGCAAUCUUUUGGUAUGCCUGUGGAUUUCAUGAGAAGAUGCGUCACUUGCCCGACAAACACGAACGAUUGUCACACUACCAGCUCAUGCGCUUGAUGGAUGGGACAGGAAUUACAACAAUCGUUGGUACAGAGCAUGGCCGAAGGUGUAUUCCUCAAAAGGGCGCAUGCGGCAAACCCAAGAUGUAG